UCUCCUGAACCAAUCGCUUCACCAAAGGUAGUGAAACCACCUCCCCAAGUCAAGUCUCCCGAACCAAAGGGUGUGAAGUCACCUCCUCAAGUAAAAUCUCCUGAACCAAAAGGAAUGAAGUCACCUCCUCAAGUCAAAUCUCCUGAACCAAAAGGAGUGAAGUCACCUCCCCAAGUCAAGUCUCCUGAACCAAAAGGAGUGAAGUCACCUCCCCAAGUCAAGUCUCCUGAACCAAAAGGAGUGAAGUCACCUCCCCAAGUCACCUCACCUAAGAGAGUAAAAUCUCCACUAACAGUGAAAUCCCCAACUCCUAAAGCUCCAAAGAUUAUCCACCAACUCACAGCCAAAGCCUCAGAAGACACAGUGAGAAUGUCCUGUGUAUCUGAAAGCAGCGUGAGAGAAGUUGUGUGGUACAGGAAUGGAAUGAAACUGACACAGAGCAGCCACUAUGAGUUCCAUAUGUCUGUGGAUGGACAUUGUUCUCUCAUUAUCCAUGACCUCUCUGAGAACGACCAGGGAGAAUACUCUUGUGAGCUCAUUGCAGAAGGAGGAGUCUCUACUAAAUCUUCAUUCUCAUUUGUUGGCCAAGUGUUCCAAUCCAUCUACACUAAAGUCACAGCUUAUGUGCAGCAGCACAUGGCCAUGAAAGUGAAAACUGAACAGGUAUCAAUGAGUCAAAAAGAGGCAUCUAUGGCUUUAGCCUCCCAUACAAGUUCAGAACAGGUUGUUAAGAAAGACAUCCAUGGAGGAGCUCAGAUGAUGAUGAUGGGGGAGAGUGCUGCUCUUAGCAGCAUGAAGGAAAGCUUCUCUUCCCAAUCAGUCCACAUGGCUUCUUCAUCUUCUAUGCAUCAGGAGACAUCUUUCAGCAGUUCCAGUAUGGCCAGUAUGUCUAGCAUGGCUGCCAUGGCUGCUGAAAUGCAGAUGGAAACCAUGUCUCUAUCUAGCAUGUCUUCCAUGACAUCUUCCCAUGCCAUGAGCUCCAGCAGUAUGACUGAAAUGAUGAGUCACUCCCACCUAGAGGGGUCCUCCAUGAGAUCUAUUGCACAGGGUAUGCUAGGUGCGACAGGGGCACCAAGAAUCGAAGCUCUCCCAGAGGACAUCACCAUUGAACUUGGAAAGGUUCUCACCGUGGCCUGUGCUUUCUCCGGAGAGCCCACCCCUAACAUCGAAUGGUCCCGCGGUGGAAGAACGCUGCCCGGUGAGGAGCAUGGCGGUAGGUUCCACAUCGAGACCUCAGAGGACCUCACUACACUCAUCAUCACCAGUGUGAAAAAAGAGGAUGCUGGAGCAUACACACUCAAACUGUACAACGACUUUGGAUCUGACACUGCAACAGUAACUAUAAGCAUUCGAUCAUAAAAAACAGUUAAUAUAAUUUAUAUCCUCCCCCUUCCCUACUUUAAUGCCUUUUUAUGUAUUAAUUGAACAAAAAUAAUCUUACUUGAUAAAGACCUUGAUUUCUGUUAUUGUAAAUAUGAACUAUUUUUAUACCAAACUUGACAUUAAUUUAUGCCAAACUAGACUAAAGUCUAAAGUUGUUAUAAAAUGUGCCAUAUUGGAUAAUUAUGACUUAGGAUUUUUCAUCCAUUUUUUCUGUGACAUGUACAUAAUGUAUAUAGCCGAAUUUAAACGGUUAUGGAAAAUGUAUGAAUUGUUAUUUAUGACAAUAUUAACUGAAACAAAUGAAACUGAAAUGUUUAAAAGGAGAAAGUUUCACAUGAAACGAAUACCCUGUUAAACCUGAAACUAAACUCUGUGCCUCAACAAAAAGUUGAUGUCUUAAGAUUGCCUCAACAGGUAGAGAGGCUCCCUGUUGAAGUUGACUAAAUCAGAGAGAUGAGCUGUUAGACACUGUAUGUUAUUACCUGCAGUGUUAUUAUCAAACUCCUAUGAAUUGUAACAUGAUCAUAAGACCCUGAGUGCUGUUUGCAUAAACCCUCAUGUAAGCAGGACAACUAGGCCUUGUGUUCUGGACUGACUAUGUCAUAACCACCAUUUAAAUGACAUGUUCAACGUGCAAGCGGCCUGCACUUGAGCUGAAAUAAUUUUUUUGUGCUCUGUUUCUGGCAAAUGACUGCUUAAUUGAUUUUCCGAACAACAUCAACCUGGCCAUAAAAAAUUGAAAGUCCACCCUGCACUUUUUUUGCAGAAGCAGAGCCAUCUCUUGGAGGUUUGCUUGUGUGCCUUAUUUUUGUGUGUUAGCUUUAGAAUUUCACCAGUUCAGUUGUCAGGCAAACAUCAAGCAAGUGUACCACAGUGACACCACCUGCUGUGUUAAAAGAAAACAAAAUGUAUUAGCUGUUCUGCCCUGCACUUUUGUUUGAUUUAAAUUAGAAUUAUAUAAUUAUAUGCAACCUCCCUGAGUUUAGUAUUGAUUUAAUAAAGCAUGAUAUCAGCACUAAAAUGUCUCAGGUGUUUUCUGAUUGUGUUCUUCAUUUGCAUGUACUGUAUGUAUGUAACAUAUAUAUAUAUAUACAGUACCAGUUAAAAGUUUGGACACACCUACUGAAUUCAAGGGUU